CAAUCUGUCAUUGCUUGUAGGGGAAGAAGGGGAUUUCUCAAUUUUACUUUAUGCGGUUAAAAAUGAAUCAGUGGAUUUACAGUCAUGAAUUUUUAUUGACAAUAAGUGGUGUUCGUUCAAAAUAAAUAAAAAUAAUGUUGUGAAAAAUGUCUUCGCCGUCGGCUGUGGUAUGCCGUGAAGUUUUCGAUGAAAACAGUCAGCCGUCCGCAGAAGAGAUCAGCGAGUAUGCCCAGCAGCUGGGCAUUGACCCGGAGAGCGAGAGCCACCUAUUGCCGCUGGCUCGGGAUGGGCUCAUGCAAGCUUUGCCACCACCCUGGAAGGCUUACUAUGAUGAAAAGCUCCAAACCCAUUACUACUAUAAUGAAGAAACAAAGAACACCCAAUGGGAACAUCCACUGGACAAUGUCUACAGAGAUCUGGUGAAGAAGGCCCGGGAUGCCUCCAUGCUGGAUGACACCUGUGCUUCUGUUCAGGAGUUGCUCACGUCUGAAGAGAACACGAAGAACCUGGAACGCGUGGAGACGAAGGUGGAGAGCGAUGAGGAGUUCAGCACGGACAGCGAGAACCAUCCCGCGGAGACCAGGGAUAACACGCUCACGGCCUCCCGACGUCUCACUCCUAUAGGUCGACCUCCCCUAUCUCCUCUAACGAGGCUAGACAAAAAGUUAGGCGACUUGAAAAUCUCCCCACUUCGAAGGAGUGUGGACGGCGCCUUCUCUAAACCUCUAGUUCGGAAUACCUCAGACAGAGACCUUCUGAACAGACCUUCGUUUGAAAGACCCAAGAUGCUGUUCAAACAGCAAUCAGAGAUUAUAGACUUGAAGAUCAAUGUGACGAGUCCUGAAGAAGAGAACUAUAAGCCGCUGUUUGCUUCUGCUAAGGCUGAGAGGGGAUUCCCUUUAAUGGGUAAAGGAAACAUGUUCUUAAAACUGUCGAAAUCAGACCUGCCUAGUCCUGACACUGAUAAGUCGCUGCCAUUGGAUUCCGUGACCAAAAGUGACCCACCCAAAGGUAUACUGAGGGAGAAGUUGUCUGAUCUCUUGUACAAAAAGACGGAGAGCUUGGCAAUGAGCAAGCAGAGGCAGGCUUCUAGCUUUGAAGAGGACAAGAAGAGUGUCAGGUUCAAAUUAGAAAACCUACCGGAACCAACAGUCAGUCCAGGAUCAAACAGCUCCUCUGAGCAGAACGAUGGUCAGAGUUCAAUCAUCAGCGCUGCCCCCGUGCCAACGGUACCAUCACCAGUAACCAUACCAUCACCGAUGGUCCAGUCGCCGGUGGCCCAGCCGAUGCAGUCACCGGUGACUCACACAGUGCUAUCACCGGUGACUCGUACGUCAUCGCCACCGGUGACUCAUCCGAUAGUCCUGUCACCGUUGGUAACCCGUCCACCGUUGCCGCCGAGACCGUCUGACAGUCCCAGAGAUGCGAAGAGCUUGUCCGUCUCCGACAGGGAUUCUGUUGAAAGCGACAGCCGCGAUCGUGGCACGUCGCCUCGCCGCCGCGUGUUGCGUCCGCCCGCGGGCGACUACAUCAAACCAGACCUGUUCCAAAAGAAUUUCCAGAAGAUAUCGGACUUGGUCCGUCCAGGAGACAUAGAGACCGCGUCGGUGCACCUGGAAGAGCCGGUGGUUUCCGAUAAGGAGUCUAGGCCUAGGUCGCCAAUGAUACCACAGAAGAGUAAAAUAUCGAUAAACCUAAUGGAAAGUAUAGAAUCCGAAACAUCGAUAGAUUCUCCAGAUAGAGAGUUCGCUAACUUAGACUUGAAUGAUCUAGACGACUCUGAAACACAUAAAGACAAACAGUCGAACGAUGCAAAGGAAAAUGAUGCCAAAGAUAUAGAAGAUAGUGACAAAACUUCAAAAACAAGUAACACAGAUAAAUCGCCAAAGAUACCAGAAAAUGUACCAGUACCUCAAAUCAAAGUUCCUAAUAUAGAUUUUCUGCCAAAGAGCUUGCUGUCGCAGCUAUCAGACUCGGAAGAUUCAAAGAAAAACUCGAUAAAUGACAUAUCGAGAAACUCGAAAUCGAGCAUCGAAAUAAAAUCGUCACAGUUAAAAAUAUCGCCAACACCUAGUCUAGGUUCCGAACUGAGAUCCCCAAGACUAGAUUACGGGAAACCUUGGAGUCCGUUGUCGACGUUUAAACCGAUGAACAAAGCCGUUAUAGCCCCACAAUUAAAAUCUUCAGAUUCAGCGUCGAGUCUCGGGAAAGGAUUGUCGAGUCCGAGACUCGACGGAGUGAUGUUGUCUCAAGGUAAAUCGAAUUCCGACAACGUAGUCGUCGUCUAUCAGUUCGAGACACAAGAAGAGACUCCCCCAAAGCCUAUAAAGUCUCCUCUAAUACCUGAUAUGGGAACAAGAGAUUUUAUAGAAAGACAUAAAUCGGACGAGAGGAGAAGAUUAGAACUAUCGUUGCAGAAGGAAUUAGAGAAUAUAAGAGCGGAAUGGAUGGUACGCGAGAGGAAAAUGAGAGCGGAAUUGCAAGAGGAGUUGAGGGAAGCCGAGGAAAAGUUUUUGAUGGAGAAGAAAUUGAGAUUGAAUGAGCAAAGCGAGAGACAUCAGAGGGAGAUGGAAGAGGAACUAUCGACAUGUGAGAGGAAUCACCAACAAGCUCUUCAUAACGCGAAGUUAGAGUUUGAGGAACGGUACGGGCGCGAGACGGAGCUGGCAGAGAAGCAACACGCUGACAACAUGGCGAGACUGCUGGACGAAUAUAAAGCGAGGCUGUAUGAGCAGAAAGAACGGCUUGAAAUUGAAAACGAGCGCGCCCUCCAAGAACUCCGCGAGCAGCUACAAGCCACUCUCAACAACGAACGCGCGCGCAUCAUAGAAGAGAACCGCGCCACUGCUGAUGCUCUAAGGGAGGAGCACACCGCCACUAUCACAGAACUCAGACAUGACUAUAGAGCUGAGGUGUGCCGCGUGCGCGCGCAGCACCUGUGCCACCUGGCGGAGCUGCGCGCGCGGCUGGCGGCGGCGCGAGCGCUGCCCGACCGCUACCGCCGCCUCAAGGAGAAGUACGCCACGCUCAAGCGGGACGUGCAGAUGUCGAUAGAACGUCGCAACAAAAGGCGAGAGAUGAGCAUGACAACGGGCUCAGAAACUGAAAAGUCUAACUCCCACAAAGCCAAUCACCAUGAAAGACGCAAAGAGGUCCAAGAGACGUCAACCAGCGCAGUAGUGGAGCCGGAACCGACCCGGUCCCGCAUAAACAACAACCCUAUACCGAAGUACAACGAUAAUGAAACGUCGUACUCAGAGAGCAACGCGCACAAGUCAUUCGACAAUAACAACCAGUGGAAACCUGUUAGAGAGCAUAGGAUCCCGUCGGUGGAGACGUCGGCGACGUCGGUGUCGAAGGCUCAUCGCUCGCAGCGCAAGGCUGCCGUCGCGUUCCAGGAGCCGCCGCGCAGGACGCGGGAGCGGGACAGGGAUCUAGGCGCAACUACAGAUUACCAAGACUCUUCUGAUGCUACCACAGCCGAUGAGAGACUAAAAGAAUCCGUGAAUGGACACGGGCGCAGGCGUUGUUUCACAAGAUUAAAAUCUGCUUCCACAUCUCGUCUCAAUUAUUCGCCAAAUGUAGCAAUAAUAUCUAUAUCCAGACGUGGCGAAGGCUGGUCCAGUCCACUCGAAUCUCUGAGGCAGCAGUUGCGAAAACUGGACGAUUUGGAAGAUCAAUUUCCAGACCUCGCAUGCCAGCCCGCCUACAGCCUGCGCUAUCCUUUCGCCGAAUUAGUCCUUCCAGGCACGGUGAGUUCAGCGGACACGCCCGAGCUUGAGUUUGUGCGACAUCGCGCCCUGGUGGAGAGAGAGGGCAUGAGACGCGCUAGAGCCGCUCUCAAGAGGCGCCGCGCCGCACUCAGAGAGACCAGGGCCUCCCUAUCACCCCAUAGAGAGCCGUCUGAGGAGCGCGAGGCCACAGAGCUAGAGGUGGCGCUGCACCGAGCCCGCGCUCUGCUCGGCGAGAAGGAGAUCAGGCUGCGGCACAUUGAGCGGGCGCUGAGGAAACUCACCGACUCACACCCCACGCCGCUCAUACAGGAGGCGAGCACGAGUUCGGCGUCGUCCGUGAGUUCUGGCGGAGGUGGUGGCGGAGGUGGAGGCGGAGGCGGAGGCGAGGAGGCGGCAGCGGGCGGCGCCGUGCUGCGCUCGCUGCGCGCGCUGCACGCCGACGUGCGCGACAUCUGGCGCGCACUCGACGCGCGCCGCCCGCCGCCGCCAUCGCCAGAAACGAGUUCCUGCAACGCGCCAACCACAUCACAGACUCGCAUGACGUUAUCCGCACCAGAACCAGUGACACAAGAACACUCGGACGGUGGAGUUGCGGAACGAGCCAGGGGUCUACGCGCCUGGCUGCAAACUGCUCCUUAAGUAUUAAUGCAAUAUUACUGGAACAAGUGUUUGAAUAUGUGAUUUUUUUUCUUGUCUGUUAGUGAAGGCACUAUCGAUUAUCGGCCAAUAGUAUUGUCGAUAAAAUAAUUCCAUUUAAUUUUAUGAGAAAGGAAAGUUAAAUUACUUGUUUAUUUAUACAACAAAAUCAGUGUUCGUAUAGUGUGUGAGCUAGUCGAUGAAUAUAUAAUCCUUUUUUAUGAGUUUAAAUAAAUAUAUAUACAUACAUAUAUAUAUUCGCUACUCGUUUCUAUAAAUAUCAGUAUAUCCAUGAUUGAUCGUUCUUAUUCCCUAUGUUAGUGAGAUAUCGAUAAAAACUUCAAUAUCGAAUUGUGAUGUCGAUAUAAUUAAUUAUAUAUUCCAUAUAGUGUAUCGAUUUCUAGUCGUCGUAAUCUCUAAUGUGGAAUCUGUUCAUAAAUGUUAGUACGUACGUGACGUCAUUCCUUAGGAAUAGACGAAAUCCAAAUGGAUUGUGAGAAAAGUAACAAAGACAGCAAUGCUUUAAGAAUUCUAGUCAUGUAUAAGUAAUUUCUAAUUAUAAUAUGUACUUAAAUAUAUUUGACAGACGAUUGUCACAGUUGAUAUCAAUUCAAACGAUAAAAAUAUACUGUGAAGUAGUGUUUCUCAUAUUAAAUUGAACUGUUUUGGA